CUAUUAUUGACGCGACGACCCUGAAUAUAAGACCCUCAAAGAAACUCCACGCCAACAAGCCAACGACGCCAACAACGCCAACAACCCCAAAUUUUGAUGCGGCCCCAGUAAUCUCCAGCCCUUGGGCUUCCAACCUACCAAAAAAAUGGCCACCCACGACCUCGCCAUCGGCCAGACCGUCGAGCUCGCAGACGGCAGAAUCGGCAUCAUCCGCUACGUAGGCUUCCCGCACUUCGCAGCCGGCGAAUGGGUCGGCGUCGAGCUCGAAGAUGAUACGGGGAAGAACGAUGGCAGUGUGCAGGGGGAACGCUACUUCGACUGCGAUAUGGGGAGGGGCAUGUUCGUGAGGCCGCAGGCUGCGAAUGUUUUGGAGCAGGCCCCCCCUCCGCCGCCGCCGAAAUCUGCUCCGGUGCCGAAGAGGACGAGUAGGCCGUCGAGUGUGGUGGUGCCGCCGGCGAGGAGGGUGGGGAGCGUGAGUGACCCGGCGGCGGGGAAACGGAUGAGCAUGAAUGCGUCGAGCCCAAGUCCGGCUGCGAGGUUGGGCAGGCCGAACAGUAUACUGAGGUCUCCGACUAAAUCACCGACAAAACAGCUCGCUUCAGGUGCCACAUCUGGAGCGUCAACGCCGAGAACUACAACCCCAUCCAUAGGCUCCAGGCCAACACCGGGAUCCGUGAAACCACGACAGAGCUUAGCAGGCCCAGGGAAUCGAACAUCUAUGGGCCCGCCGCCUAUACCAACACCGAGAACCUCGAGACAGUCUAUAUCCGCAGCACCAGGAUCAAGACUAGCAUCUGGCGCUGGUCGGGUAGCUGCUGGUCGGCCGCCCUCGCUCGCUGUUCCUGAUAGGCAUCAGAGCAUCUCCCAGAGAUUAGGCUCUGGAGGCAGCCAAGUGAGCAGCGGGCAGGGAAGCGACAGUGGUCGGCAGGGAGAGGAUAAUGAUUAUUCAUCAGGAUCUGAUGCUCGAUCGCAAGCGCUCUCGCCAACAUCCACAUCAUCGAAAGCAAUAAGUCCCGUGCUGACACGGACCUCUGCUGCUUCGAAGCCAGCCGCCGCAAGCCCUACUACCACUGUUCGGAGCAAUGCUUCACAGGUCACCUCGCGAAGCACGGCUGGAAACUCGGCAGCUACGAACCGCGAAAUCGAGGAUCUAAAGACGAAGUUACGAUUGAUGGAGAAGAAGCGCAUGGAGGAUCGAGAUAAGAUCAAAGCGCUCGACAAGAUCCAAGCUGAGCGUGACAAAUUCGAAGGCAUCAUUCAGAAAUUACAGUCCAAGUACCAGCCACAGCAGCAAGAACUUACCGACCUACGAAAGGAAUUGAAAGAGGCGGCUGCCAAGUUCGAGGACAUCGAGAAUUCACAGGCUGAUCACGAUGUCGUCCUCGAAAUGGCUACUCUUGAUAGGGAAAUGGCUGAGGAGACUGCUGAGGUCCUAAAGCACGAGCUAGAGGCUCUGAAGAUGAAGGCCGAGGAGCUUGAGCUUGAAGUCGAGGUGCUGAAGGAGGAGAACGCAGAGUUAGGAGGGGAGAUGAGUGAGGAAGAUAAAGCGAGUCAGGGCUGGAUUGCCAUGGAGAGGAAUAACGAGCGAUUGAGGGAAGCUCUGCUCAGGCUCAGAGAUAUAACUCAGGAGCAGGAGGCUGAGCUGAAGGACCAGAUUAAACUGCUAGAGGAGGAUGUACGAGACCUUUCGGGCGUCAAGGAACAUUACGAAUCGGCCAAGGCGAAAUUGGCACAGUCUGAGGCUACGGUUGAGGACUUAAGGCAGCAGCUCGACAACGCGCUCGGGGCGGAAGAUAUGAUUGAAGAUCUCACUGAGCGGAAUAUGAGUAUGAGCGAACAGAUUGAGGAGAUGAAGGUCACCAUCGAAGAUCUGGAGAGCCUGAAGGAGCUGAACGACGAGCUGGAGGUCAACCAUGUAGAGACCGAAAAGGAGCUUCAGGAAGAUCUCGACUUCAAGGAUACGGUUAUCAACGAGCAAGCGAGGAGAGCUGCAGAGCAGCAAGACGCGCUUGGGGAUAUGGAAUACACUCUCUCCAGGUUCCGAGAGCUUGUCACCAGCCUUCAGAGCGAUUUGGACGAUAUGAAGGCUUCUCAUGCCCUUACUGAGACCGAAUCAGAGCAGCUGAACAGUCGCUCGAGGGCGAUGAUGGAUCUUAACUUGAAGCUCCAGGUCUCGGCUUCAAAGACUCAAAUGAAGACCAUCGAACUUGAACUUAGACGCCUCGAUGCGCAAGAAGCAUCGGAUCAUCUCGCAAUUGUUCAGCUAUUCCUUCCAGAUGGAUACCAGACAGAGAAGGACUCGGUCUUGGCUCUGCUUCGCUUCAAGCGUGUCGGCUACAAGGCGAACCUCCUCCAUGGAUUCGUCAAGGAAAGAAUCGGCAGCCAUCACCGUGGCCACGAAGACGAUAUCUUCGCUGCCUGCGAUGUCCUUGACAAGCUUGUCUGGGUUACGGCUAUGUGCGAACGCUUCGUCAAUGCGAUCAGCCACUGCUCAACUGAGCAAUUCGCAAAGUACGAAGGAGCUCUGUACGAGUUGGAGCCUGUUGAGCGCGCACUGAACGCCUGGAUCGAUGGCCUGAGACGCGACGAGCUCAAGGAGAGGCAGUGCGCCAGCGACCUCCAGCGUACUAUUGCAUUGAUGUCUCAUCUGGCUGAAAUCCACAUCUCGGAUGGGCUGGAAAGCUACGCUCACGAUGUGCACAUGCGCGCACUCGUCAUUCAGAGCCACCUCGAUAACACAGCUACUGCCCUGUCGAGCGCUAGAGCCCUGGUGCAAUCUCACAUCACAGCAACUGGCGAGGAAGAUGAACUCGCACAACACUUUACGCGCAAGACGGAUGCGAUUAUCAACAGCACGCGAAGCGCCAAGGUCAUUGUCAGCAAAGCCGUACGGUCGCUUGAGGACCUCAAAUCACGUUCCCUGUCCCUCACACCAGACACUAUCCAGAACUUCGAGCAAUGCGAGACCGCAACGGAGGAGCUUGCACUCUUCUCUCGCCACAUCGGCAUGGACCUCUUCACGCUACUUUCCGAAGAAGGCCGCGCCGAGCCAUUCACCUACACCGAGGUACAAAGCUCCAUCCACCGCACCACCACAGCUAUUUUCCAAUCCAGCGAAAGCGACAUAUUCUCCACCUACGCCAACAAAAUCCGCGCCGCAACAACUCACAUCACCGACCUCGCAGCCCUCGCCAGCGACCUCGAGAUGACGCAGGAAUUCGAAAGCGCCCCCGCGCCAUGGAUAAUCCGCAGCAAGGAGCUCAGCUCCAGCGGCACCAUCCCCGUCGACGCGGAAGAAGAGCUCCGCCGCCUUCGCGAAGACAACCACGAGCGCGCGCGCACCGUCGCCCUGCGCGAUCAGACACUCGAGGAAUCAAGCGUUAAGAUCGAGCUUCUCGAGUCGCGCAUGCGUGACGCCACGAAGAAGAACGAACGUAUCACCCAACUAGAGACUAAGAUCGAAGAAGCUAAGAAGCGCGAGACGGAGCUGGCUGAGAGCCUCGAGGCUCAAUCCAAGGAACUCGUGGCUAUGGAGCAGGAUCGCGAGAGGUGGCGCAAGGUGGCGGGUGAGAACAAGAUCGUGGAAGAGGCAGAUCCGGCGACGAAGGCGGGUAAGGAACGCGCGGUCGCGACGGCGAGGGAGAUGGACGCGCUGAAGGGCGAGAUCGAGGCGCUGCAGGCUGCUGUGCGCUACCUCCGUGAGGACGCGAGGAGGGUCAAGCUAUCGACCGUGCAGCCUGGGAACCUGGACUGGCUGAACGAGCCACUCGUCAAGCCCAAGACCGCAGAGGCGCACAGGAAGGAGCUCGUCCAGACAGAAGGCGCGGACGUGCUGUUCGAGCUCGUCAACCUAGCAGCGGAGAGUAAAGUCUUCGACCUCUCCACGCUCCCAGAGAACAGACUCGCAUGGCGCUCAGCGAGAAGCACGCCACAAUGGCACGUCGCCCGACAGCGCGAGGAAUGGGAAUCCUGGAAGGGGUGGAACGAGAGCACGACCAAGAAAGCUAAGGCGCUGGAGCCGAGGAGGAUCGUGCGGAGUAAGAGGGGCCUUCAGAUCGCGAGGGUUGAUCUGAGGCUGCCGACGCUGGAGGCGAAGGGCGUUUACGGAGGGGAGGUGGAGAUUGUGGAUCCGGGGCUGUUUGAGGGGUUCAAGGAGAACUGGGGGAUUGUAUGAUGGGGAGGGGGAGCUAGGAUGUGCGAGUUGAGCGUUUAUACCCACUGGCAUGGUUGUAGGAUGUAGCAUGAAUGGAAGACUUUACCUUUACGUGUGUGUGCAGUGAGCAGGUCUUGUUGUUUUACUUCGUCUCAGUAUACUUCUGAGGGGAUUCUCGUGUGAAGUUUAGUUCAGCCUUACUGUUUCGUUGCUUACGGGUUGGUUGAUAUGUGCGGCGAGAUGCACCCAUGGCGGAUUUAUGUGGUUCUAGACCAAUGGAACGGUCAGAAUUGGAGAUUGUUAGAAAAGCAUUAUAAAUAUUUAGAUAAUGUGGAUUUGGCCUUUCCAAUGAGAGUUUUGCCCGAAGCGCAU